AUGGAGGCCCGAGACCAGUCAGACUCAUUUUCUCCCCCCUUCGACUCCAUAAAAGUUGCUCGACCCUCCAAUUCCCUUAGUCAGAUCAAUCGCGCCUCCGUCACCAUGGAUAACCAACCAAGUCCAUCUGCCAAUGUUCUUCUUUACGGUGCCGGCAGCGUCGGUGGUGUCUAUCUAUACCAGCUCCUCCAAGCCGGUUGCAAUGUGACAGCCGUUUGCCGGUCGAAUUACGAAACCGUCAAAAAACACGGGUUCAAGUUGUCAUCUGUGAGAUAUGGCGAGGUGACCUACCGCCCAACCGUCGUUGUGCGCAACAUCUCUGAAUGCGCCGACGACACUUUCGAUUUCGUUUUGGUCUGCACCAAGUCAUUCCCUGGUAGCACGCCAUCGCUGCCCGAACAGCUCCACCCUGUCUUGGAUGGCAGACCACAGACAGCCAUUAUCUUAGCUCAGAACGGCAUCAUGAUCGAGGAGGAGGUUAUCGCCGCGUUUCCGCAGAAUCCAGUCAUAAGCGGGGUCAUCUACUUGCCGGCGGUGCAAACAGGCCCAGGCACAAUCGAGUACCCGGAGAUGCUUAACCUUUUUGAACUAGGUACUUACCCGUCGACGGCACCAGAGUCACACAAGGUUGCUGCAAGACAGUUUGCCGACCUCAUGAUCAAGGGCGGCGGCGAUGCCGAGGUCCACGAAGACAUCCAGGUCGCGCGCUGGUCCAAGCUACUUUUGAAUGCGGCAUGGAACCCAAUCUGUGCGCUGACACUUACCACUGACGGGGAUUUUCUCCUAACCUCGGAACCAUAUGCCUAUGAUCUGGCUUGGGGUGUAAUGCUGGAGAUUAUUGAGCUGGCAAGGGCGGUAGGAAUCGAAGGUGUGACGCCCGAGGUGGCUGAAAAGAAACUCUCCAUCGCGAAGAAACGAGCGGAAAUGGGGACAGGGAGAGAAGUGAGCAUGCUUCAGGACGUGAGGCAGGGCCGGGCUAUUGAGGUGGAAGCAAUCUUGGGGAAUGCGGUUAAGCUUGGGAAGCAAAAAAAUGUCCCCAUGCCUCGUUUAGAAACAAUUUAUGCAUUAACAAAGGCCAGAGGUUGGGCACUGGCCAAGGAUAGAGGCACAUGA